GAAAAUAACUGUAAUAGUGUAGGAAUUUUAUGCCUGUCUAAAAAUGUCUGUGAAAAGUUCAAUACAAGUGUGCAUCAAAGUGCGUCCAGUGGAGCCGGGACAAACCGUCUUGUGGCAAGUUAAAGAGGAACGCUCGCUGCAAUUAAUUGACGGCGCAUCGGAGCCUUGCGCAUUUGAUUAUGUCUUCGAUCAAGACUGCAACAAUCAGAAAAUCUUUGACUGCAUGGCCAGUCAUAUUGUCGAGGCAUGCAUCAAAGGCUUCAAUGGCACUAUAUUUGCCUACGGACAGACCUCAUCGGGCAAAACUUAUACAAUGAUGGGAGAUGAGCGUAAUCCAGGAGUCAUGGUGCUGGCUGUAAAGGAAAUCUUUAAACAGAUUGCCAAACAAACCGAUCGCGACUUUUUGUUGCGCGUGGGCUACAUUGAGAUUUAUAAUGAAAAGAUAUGUGAUUUGCUUAAUAAAAAGAAUCAGGAUCUGAAAAUACAUGAAAGCAGCGGCAUGGUUAAUGUCAACUGCGAGGAGUGCAUUAUAACUAGCGAGGAGGACAUGCUGCGUCUGCUGUGUCUGGGCAACAAAGAGCGCACUGUGGGUGAAACCAAUAUGAACGAACGCUCCAGUCGCUCCCAUGCCAUUUUUCGCAUAAUUAUAGAGUCACGCGUCACAGGCGGCGAUGCUGACGGCGCUGUCAAUCAGAGUCUGCUGCAUUUGGUGGAUUUGGCUGGCUCGGAGCGCGCGGAUCAGACAGGCGCACGUGGUGCGCGUUUAAAGGAAGGCGGACACAUUAACAAGAGUUUGCAUUUUCUCAGCAAUGUCAUCAAGCAGUUGAGCGAGAACAUAGACAAUCGAUAUAUAUGCUAUCGUGAAUCAAAGCUAACGCGCAUACUGCAAGCCUCGUUGGGUGGCAAUGCCUUCACCUCCAUCAUAUGCACUAUUAAGCCCUCCAUUGUAGAGGAGUCCAACUCCACGCUUAGCUUUGCCAUGCGUGCCAAGAAAAUCAAGCUGAAGCCGCAGCUUAAUGAAAAUGUAUCGGAUGCUACCAUGAUGCGUCGCUUGGAGCGUCAGAUUAAAACGCUGGAGGGUCAGCUGGCUGAGGAGAAGCGUCGCAAUGAGUCGCAGGUCAAAGUUAGUCUGCUGGAGCAGCGCAUUAAAACCGAUACGCUCAAGAUUAUCUCUAGUCAUUCGCUUAUUGAUCAGCGCAAUAGAAAUCGUCGUCGCACUUGGUGUCCAGCAUCGACAAAUUUGGAGCCUUUGCCAGCGGUUGAGGCUAGUGCUCAGCACAAGGUUUCCAAUCUGCCCAAGCCUACGUUCUAUGCCGAAGCUACCGAAGCUAAUCUGCUCAAGUUUUCCAACUUGCCCAAGCCCAGCUUCUAUGCGGGCAAUGUGCAUCCGCGCAUUGGCAAUGCACCCAAGACUAUAAACAUAAUGAAAUCAUUGGAUAUUGCAGAGGAAGAGUUUAAGCCCGCAGAGCUGCAUGAAUUUGGCCAAAUGCCCGACUCUAUGAUAUCCAGUCAAAUACAACUGACGCUAACCCCUUGCCCAGAGCAUCUGGCGCCACAAAAUAGGGAAAAGUUUGAACGUGAGCUUAUUGAGCUGCAAACGUUUUCCAAAAUAGAACAACAUAUUAACACCGAAUGGGAAGAUCUCACUCAGAAACUAACCACAGCCACAGACAAAAUUAAUGAGCUGCAAAACGAGCGCGCUGAUUUCACAAAGCGCUCUAACGACCUGCAGGCCAAGGUGGACAGCUACGAGGCGCAGCUGAGCGAACUGAAGCAAACAGUGCAGCGUCUUGAGAUGGAGAAUCGUGCGGCAGUUGAUAUUGAGUUUCAGUAUGAGAGCCACAAGUCUAGAGCAGAGCGACGCGAGAGCGAACUGCUCAGUGCCAUAUCGGAGAAGGAGUCGGAGCUGCUGUGCAUAAUUGCGGAGAAGGAGCAUUUCCAGCAGACGCUCAACGAGCUGUCCAGUGAAAUGCUGCGCAAUAGCAAAGAUGCGCACAUGCGUUCCAUGUGCCCGGACAUCGAAAGCAGCUGCGAACAAAUAUGCAACAAGUGUCAGGAGCUGGAGCGCAUGCUGGAGGAGUACAAGCAGGCGCAGAGCAAUGGCAAGCUGGCGGCGCAGGAGAAAAUUGAAUGUGAAUGCGAGCAGCUGCGUGUGGAGAUUGAAAACACGCGCGCCAGACUCGAGUCCGUGCAGCUGCUGUAUGAGCAAAUGAGCAGCGAUGUUAAUGAGCGCACCGAGCGCUGUGAGCGUCUCAGUCGCGAUGUUGUUACAGCAGAGCAGUCGAAGCAAUCGCUGCAAGCCAAGUACGUGGAGCUGGAGCAGUCGCAGCAGCGUCAGGAGGCAGCCUGGCAAGCAAUGCAAAAGGACUACGAGGCCAUACAGCUUAAGUAUGCAAAACUACAGCAGGACUAUGCGCUGCUUGAAAGGAAUACAGCGCUCUGCGAGCAGCUGCAGCAGCAGAAUGAGCAGCUGCAGCAAGAGAUUACCAGACUGAAGCAGCGCGUGGAGCAGGUGCAGCAACAGCUGCUGCAGGCAGAGGAGCACAAGGAGCAGCAAACGCUUGCCGCUGAGCUCAGAGCGCGCAAUGAGGAGCUGCUGGAGAAGCUGCAGCACAUACAAGCGAAAUUCGAUGAUAUGCAAAAGGAAUACGAUGCGCUAUCCAAUGAUCUCAUGGAGAGCGUGCAAGAGGGCGACAAUCUGCGCGAGCAAUGCACAACGCUGGCUGCGCAGCUGCAGCAGCAGCAGCAGCAGCAAGCAAAGCCAGUGGAGCUGCUAACGCGUCUGCAGCAGCUGGAGCAAGAAAUUAGCGCAAAGAAUCAGCUGAUCGAAUCAACUGAGUGCACCAUACAAGAGAUGCGUGAGCAAAUGAAGACGCUGGAGGAUGCGCUGCUUGAGAAAUCCUUCAUUGUUAGCCAAGUCGAAGACUACAAGCAGCAAAUCGAAACGCUGGAGAAGCACAAGGCCGAAAUGACGCUCGUCUACGAGGAGCUGCAGGAGAAGGUCAAAGAGAAUACCAUCAAUGAGAGCCUGCAGCUUUGCAACAACAACAGUCAGCUGGACAUUAAGCAGGAGCAGCUGGUCAGCGUGCAGACGACGCUUUACAAUAUGAACGGCGAAGUCUUUGAACUGCAAGCGGAGCUAAAGCAGCAGCUCUCACAGCUUGGCAGCAAGAACGAGCUCAUCCAACGCCAGCAAACGGAGCUGGCUGAGCUCAACGAACGCUGCAUCAGCAUGGAUGUGCAACAGGUGGAGCUGCAAGCGAAUGUGCUGGCAAAGCAGCAACAGCUCGAUAGACAAGCGGAGAAAUCCGCGCUCGAUCGCACGCACAUUGAUGAGCUGCAGGCGUGCAAAGCGCAGCUGGAGGAAACUGUUGCGCAGCUGGAGCAACAGCUCAAGCAGUUUCAAAAUAUGGAGCUGCAGCAGCAGCACAAGGCUGAGCUGGAUGCCAUGCAGCUGGACUAUUUGGAUAAGAUUGAGCAAAGCGAGAGCGGCUAUCGUGAGAAUUUGCGUAAAUAUAAUUUGGAAUGGAAGGAGAGUAAAACUGAAUAUGAGCAGCGCUUGGAGCAGCUGCGCAUGGAGAAUGCCGCAUUUGUAGAGCAGCUGCACGCUUUGGAGAGUGAGCAAAAGCAGCAAAUGUCCUUGGAACGCACUGCAAGUGUAGAGAACUUGAAAGCUGCGGAGAGUAAGCAACAAGCGUUGAUGGAAGAAAAGAAGAAGAACCUCGAACAGCUGCAAGCUAUGGAAACUGAGCGUAAUGAGUUGCUCAAGAAGAAUGCACAGCUGGAAGCGAGUGUAGAGAACUUGAAAGCUGUGGAGACUAAGCUCAAUGAGUUAGUUGAAGAGAAGAAGAAGCUGCAGCUGAGCUGUGAAGAAAACGUGCAGCAGCUCAAAGCCUUGGAGACUGAGCGCAAUGAACUAGAAGCGAGUGUAGAGAACUUGAAAGCUGUGGAGACUAAGCAAAUAGCGUUAGUUGUUAGAGCAUGAAAGUGUUCUGGAAAAUCUACAAGCCCUUGGAGAUUGAGCGUGUUGAGUUGUUGGCAAAAGAAUAAACAACUGGAAGAAAGUGUAGAGAACCUUAAAGCUUUGGAGACUAAGCUCAAUGAGUUACUUGAAGAGAAGCAGAAGCUGCAGCUGAGCUGUGAAGAAAACGUGCAGCAACUCAAAGCCCUGGAGACUGAGCGCGAUGAGUUGUUGCAAAAGAAUAAACAACUGGAAGAAAGUGUAGAGAACCUUAAAGCUUUGGAGACUAAGCUCAAUGGGUUACUUAAAGAGAAGAAGCAGCUGGAGCUGCGCUGCGAUGAAAACGUGCAGCAGCUCAAAGCCUUGGAGACUGAGCGCAAUGAACUAGAAGCGAGUGUAGAGAACUUGAAAGCUUUGGAGACUAAGCAAAUUGCAUUGCUAAUGGAGCAUGAAAAGUGUCUGAAAAGUCUACAAGCUGCGCAGACUGAGCGCGAUGAAAGUGUAGAGAACUUUAAAGCUUUGGAGACUAAGCUCAAUGAGUUACUCAAGGAGAAAGACGAGCUCGAGCUGCGCUACAAGGAGAAUCACAAAUUGCUGGAGCAGCUGCAAGCCAAGUUGGACUUGAGUCAGGCGCGUAGCCAACCAGAGCAGCAGCUGGAGGAGCUACAAGAGAAAUUGCAGGACUACGAGCAGCUAAAGAGCGAGCAGGCAGCCAAGCUUGCAGUGCUGCAGCUCGAAAAGAUCCAACUAAGCAGUGCGCUGGAGCAAAGCAAGCAGAGCAUACAGCGUAUGCAAGCAGAGCAGAAAAUAAAAGAUCAACUGAUUUUAGCAGAGAUUAAGAAGCUGGAAGAAGAUCAUGAACAAAUGCAAACUGAGAUGUAUGAAAAAGUCGAAACGCUCAACAGCAAGGCAAAUGAUAUGCAGCUGAAGGUGGAAAAAAAUGACCAAAAGUUUUUAGAGUUUGCCAAGCGCAGCGAAGAGCAGCAGCAGCUGCAACUGCAGCUAACUGAGGCAAAGGCGCUGAACAGCAGCUUGCAACAACAAGUCGACACGCUCAACCAACAAAUGCAAACUGAUGCCACAUUGCAAGCUCAGCUGCAAGCGCUGGAGCAGCAGAAGCAACAAGCUGCGCUGGAGCAAAGCAACUUGUCCACACAAUUGCAACAGUUGCAAGCACAAAUGACAGCAGACGCAGCCGCAUUCGAGCGGCAGCUGCAGGAGCUGCAAGGCGCAUGCGCUGAGCAGCAGCUUAAGCUCGACUCCUUUGCCGCACAGAAACUUGAGCUGGAGGCAACAAAUCAUCAGCUGACUGUAAAGCUUAAAAAUGCGCUCAAUAUGCAAACAGCGCUCGACAUGGAGCAGCAGCGGAACAAGCAACUGCAAUUGGAGCUGCAAGCCAAGGAGCAAGCUGCUGAGCAGCUCAAGCAGCGUCUGGCCGCAGCUACAACAGCGGAAUCCAAGCAGUUGGCCCAGCUAAGCAAUGAGGUUAAUAAGCUUACCACUGAUAUUAACAAACAGUGCGCUACUCUGAAAAACUUUGAGCUGGAGCGUGCGCAAAUGAGCGGCACCAUCAAUAGCUUGUUGCAGGACAAACGCGAUCUCGAAGAGAAACUUUGUGCCACAGGUGAAUUGCUCAAGAAGCUGGAGCUUGACUUGAAAGCAAAAUCCACCAAUAGCAGCAGUAAUACAUCGUUUGAAUCAAAUGCAUCCGCUUCAUCGCCUACAUUAGGCAGAAGAAGUUUGGAACGUGAUGCGGUGCCACCCAGAAAAUCGCUAAGCUACGAAUCGGAGGUGCGCAGAAAUCGUCGCAUUAGCACGCAUGAUGAGCGACGACGUCAAUCUUAUUGGAAUGAUACUAAACAUGUGGCCAUUAUGACAGAUCCAGUGGACAACAAUUGCAAUUGUGCAGAACUUGAUCUCAAGCUAAAGGACUGCCAACGAGAGCUGUAUAUAGAGAAAAGUAAAGUCGUUGCUUUGAACAUUGAGCUGCGUAAUCAUCCACUUAAGGAUGAAAAUGCGCUGCUCAAAAAGCGACUGCAAGAUGAACAGGCCAAGAGCUAUGAGGAACUUAAACGCUUUAAGCACAAACUAAGUUUGGCUACAGCUGCCAAGCCAAGUUCCACUAUAGCAAUUCAAACCGAUGGCGACUACGACAAGGAGCUAAGCAAACUUAAUGCUAAACUAGCGGACAGCUUAACCAUCUGUCGCUCACGCUAUAAGCAAAUCAUUGCGCUCGAAGAGCGACUUAAGCAAUUUGAAAGCAGCGAUGCUACCAAACUAGCAGCAGCAACUGCUGAGGAAAUUAAUGAUCUUAAAGCACAAGUGGCGCAGCUACAAAAGGACUAUUCAACUUUGGUUAGCAAAUACGAUUUGGCUAAGCGUGCGCUUAAAAUGCGUCGGGAUGAGAUUAAUGAGCUGCGUCUUAGAGUCGGCAAUGCCGAGUCAGAUCUAUCUGAUUAAAAGUCAUUAUAUUUAGUUUCAAAUAUAGUAUUAUAAUUAUCAAAAAAC